AUGCCACAUCUCAAAUAUUGGCAACCAUCAGCUAGUUUUAGGGAUGUCAUGGUUAAAAAACAUAAUCCUCAAAUAUCAUGGGAGAAACAUACACUUGUUUUCAACUCGGCAUACUGUUCCAAUAAUUGUUUAUCUGUACCUACUGUCUUAGAACUCAAAGCAGUAGAAAAGAUCCCCACUCCUUACCAAGAAUUCUCUAAAGUAUUUUCAGAGGAAGAAUCGUCAAAAUUACCUCCCCACCGUCCUUACGACAUUACCAUUGAAUUACUUCCGGAUGCAAAACCCCGACAUGGCCCCAUUUAUAGCCUAGGUCCAAGGGAGGAUGCCGAACUCAGGGAAACUAUUGACAAACAACUCAAGGCUGGAUUGAUUCGACCCUCGAAGUCUCCCAUGGCUUCUCCAAUCUUAUUUGUCAAGAAAAAGAAUGGAAAGUUACGCAUGUGUGUGGACUACCGGCGCUUGAAUAGCAUGACCAAGAGGAACGCGUAUCCUUUGCCCUUGCCACAGAAUCUUAUUGAGAAAUUACAAGGUGCCAAGAUCUUUAGUAAAUUUGAUCUUAAGUCAGGUUACAAUUUAGUCCGAAUUAGAGAAGGUGAUGAAUGGAAGACGGCCUUCAAAACAAAAUACGGACUAUUCGAAUACUUGGUUAUGCCCUUUGGGUUGACAAAUGCGCCGGCGGCUUUUCAAGACAUGAUGAAUGAAAUUUUCCGAGACCUUUUGGACGUUUAUGUCAUCAUUUACUUGGACAAUAUUCUAGUAUUCUCCCUGAAUGAAAAGGACCAUGAAGCCCAUGUGCAAGAAGUACUGAAAAGGCUACAGGAUAAUGACCUUUUUUGCAAUAUUGAGAAAUGCCAUUUCCACGUCAAGAAGAUCGAUUAUCUAGGGUUUAUCAUAUCGGAAUUUGGUAUAGAAGUUGAUCAAUCCAAAGUCACAGACGCCCUGAACUGGUCGACACCUAAGAAUGUCAAAAAUAUCCAAGAAUUCUUAGGAUUUGUGAACUUCUAUAGACGAUUUAUCCCUAACUUUGGAAAUAUGGCACGACCUCUGUAUAACCUGCUCAAAAAAGAUAGUACUUGGAAAUGGGAACAGGCGGAACAACAAUCUUUCGAUGGCCUAAAAAAUGUCUUAUACACCACAAAACAAUUUUAUGUGGAAUGCAACGCCUCGGAUUAUGCCACUGGAGCAAUACUAUCUCAACGUAAUCCAGAAGGAAAAUUAGCCCCUGUAGCCUAUUUAUCUAAAUCCCUAUCCCCAGCCGAAAAGAACUAUGAUAUCUUCGACAAAGAAUUACUGGCAGUUAUCAGGGCAUUUAAGGAAUGGCGCCACCUACUGGAAGGGUCAGAAUUACCAAUCCAAGUUCUAACAGAUCAUAAGAAUUUGGAGUAUUUCUCUACGUCACAAUCCCUAAACAAACGUCAAAUUCGAUGGGCAAAUUUCCUAGUGGACUACAAUUUUCAGAUCAUCUACAGGCCUGGGGCACAGAAUAAAAAGGCGGAUAUCCUCUCUCGACGCUACGACUUAGUACCGCUGGAAGGGGGGGUAGAGAACCAGGUUCUCCUGAAACCGGAACUUUUCAUUGCAUCUAUUGCUCCGGAUCAAGAGAUCAAUGACCUAAUUGGCGAGGCUAUUUACGAGGACGACCGUCUGAAAGAAAUCCUGCACAAACUCCAGAACAAAGAAAGGAUCUUGGAUUGGGAAUUGAAAGAAGGGUUACUAUGGUAUCAGGGAAAAAUCUUUGUACCUAAAGAUGAUACUAUUAGGAAUCUCAUCUUAGAAUCUAGGCAUGACGCCUUGGCGGCGGGACAUCCAGGACAAGCCAGGACGUUGGAACUUAUUUCCAGAAGCUACUACUGGCCAUCACUGAAAAAGUUUGUCAAUUCUUAUGUCAACCACUGCGAAACCUGUAUCAGGUCCAAACCAACCAAUCAAGUACCUGUAGGAUUACUAAAGCCAUUGCAAAUCCCUGAACGUCCCUGGGAAGACAUAGCCUACGACAUGAUUGUGGGAUUACCAGUUUCAGAAGGCUUCAAUGCCAUUCUUACUGUCAUCGACCGGUUUUCAAAGAUGGUUCAUCUUAUCCCUACCCAAUCCACAGCGUCCGCCAUUGACAUUGCCAACUUGUUCAUAACAUAUGUUUGGAAACUACACGGCCUUCCCAGAAGUACAGUUUCAGACAGAGGCCCUACGUUCAAUGCCAAGUUCAUUCGUCAUCUGUAUAAAAGGUUGGACAUUAAGCCAACAUAUUCCACGGCAUAUCACCCCCAAACAGAUGGACAGACUGAACGCAUACAAAGGGAAGCCGAGAUCUUUAUACGCAUGUUUGGGAACCAUCGUCAAUCAGAUUGGGUGUCGUUACUACCCCUGGCUGAGUUUGCUCUAAAUAACUUGAAACAGUCUUCUACGGGAAAAUCUCCAUUCCAGAUUUGCUAUGGCAUAAACCCUCGAUUUUCUGUGGGACAAAAAUCAGAUGAAUCCGUUCCUAAUGCCGAUGAACACGCAGAAUUCCUGGAAAAAGGCUACGACGAGGUUAAAGCAGCCCUCUCCCUAUCACAAGAAAGGAUGAAGCAUUUCUACGAUCAGCGACAUCGGAAAGAGGAAGAAAUCCAAGUAGGAGACAAGGCCUGGCUGAGUCAUCAAAACAUAUCCACAGAUAGACCCUCCAUGAAACUCAGUCAUAAAAGAUUAGGCCCCUACCUGGUGAUUGAAAAAAUUGGAUCACACGCAUACAAACUACAAUUACCUCACACAAUGCGCAUACAUCCAGUUUUUCACAUCAACCUCCUAACCAAGUUUCAUCCUGAUCCCCAUGGCCGAGAUCCCCCUCAACCCGCUCCCGUUAUCACGGAAGAAGGCGAAGAAGAAUACGAGGUAGAAAGAAUCUUAGAUAGCAAGUGGAAGGGAAGAGGGAAGACAAAGAAGUUAUGGUAUCUGGUCAAAUGGAAAGGUUAUGAUGAAGGAAGUAAUUCGUGGGAGCCAAUAGACAAUGUGGGAAAUGCCCAAGAAGCCCUAGAAGAAUUUCACAAGGAACACCCUGACGCAGUUGGAGCUUGA